AUGGAUCAAUCAUUAACAGAGCAAGAAAUGAUGGGAGUGAAGGGCAAGAGACCACAUAUAUUGGCUGUGCCAUUUCCAGUUCAAGGACAUGUCCGGCCACUCAUGAAAUUCUCUCAACAAAUUGCCAAUCAUGGAAUCAAGGUUACAUUUGUUAACACAGAAUAUAUACAUGCAAAAGUAGUUGCUGCAAUGUCUGAGGAAGAUAAGGAGCAAAGAAGCAUAGAACUAACAUCGAUUCCUGACGGAUUGAUGCCUGAUGAUGAUAGAAACAAUGGUUUUAUCAUCAACAAAAGUCUUAGAAGAACGUUGCCGAGAAAUUUGACAAAUCUGAUGGAGAAGGUUAGCUGUGAUGAAAAGAUUAGUUGUGUCAUAGCUGAUAUUACAAUUGGAUGGAUUCUUGAUGAUAUCCAAAAGAUGGGAGCUGAACCAGUAGCUUUUCUACCAGGUGCAGCAGCAGAGAUGGCCUUGACACAUCACAUUCCAAAGCUUAUUGAAGCAGGAAAUCUUGAUAUGAAUGGAACAAUGGUGCAAAAUGAACUCAUUUUGUCUGAUGAGAUACCUUCCUGGAGAAAAAAUGAACUGAUCUGGUGCGUCUCGGGUGACCUUAACACACAAAAGCUCUUCUUCGAAUUUUUUAGGACAGCUGAACGAUCAGCACAUCAUGCUAAGUGGCUGCUUUGUAAUACAUUUCAUGAAAUUGAAUCAUCGGCUUGUAAAUUGAUUCCCAAAAUCUGCCCCGUUGGACCAUUACUUAGUAGCAAUAACUUAAAAUCUUCAGCCGGUGGUGGUAGCUUUUGGGUGGAGGACACAACUUGUUUAAGCUGGUUAGAUAACCAACCAGAUGGAUCAGUGAUCUAUGUUUCUUUCGGCAGCGUAGCUGCAUUCUCUCAAGACCAAAUAAAUGAACUUGCCUUGGGUCUUGAACUUUCAAGCCGGCCCUUUCUAUGGGUCGUUAGAUCAAAUCUUGCCAAUGGAUUGCACGCGGAGUACCCAAAUGGCUUUCUUGAAAGAGUGGCAGAGCGUGCAAAAAUUGUAGAAUGGACACCUCAAGAACAAGUAUUGGCUCAUUCUUCUGUUGGGUGUUUUUUGAGCCAUUGCGGAUGGAACUCGACUGUUGAGGGCUUGAGCAUGGGUAUUCCUUUCUUGUGUUGGCCUUACUUUGCAGAUCAAUUUCAUAACCAGAAUUACAUUUGUUCAAUGUGGAAGAUUGGUUUGAGCCUGAAUCCAAAUGAAAGUGGACUCAGAUCAAGGCAUGAAAUUAAGACAAAAAUAGAAAUGUUGUUUGCUGACUAUGGUAUUAAAACCAAUGCUUUGAAACUGAAGGAUUUGGCUCUCAAGAGUGUUAGUGAAUCGGGAUCUUCAUUUCGGAAUUUUGAAACAUUCGUUGAUCAUUUGAAGAAACGACGAUGA